AUGAGUGCAAACCCAUGCACCGGCGGCGGUGCCAGCUCCGGCGGAACUAGCAGCGGCGGCGGAGGAGGAGGCGGCGGCGGCGGCGGUGGUGGUGGUGGUGGUCCAUGUGGUGCAUGUAAGUUCUUGAGGAGAAAGUGUGUGGCUGGAUGUAUAUUCGCACCUUACUUUGAUACCGACCAAGGAGCAGCACAUUUUGCGGCGGUUCACAAAGUUUUCGGAGCUAGCAACGUUUCCAAGCUGCUACUACAUAUUCCUGUUCAUAAACGACCAGAUGCAGUUGUUACUAUUUGCUAUGAAGCUCAGGCUCGACUUAGAGACCCUAUCUAUGGCUGCGUUGCUCAUAUCUUUUCCCUUCAACAACAGGUUGUGAAUCUACAAACAGAGCUUUCGUACUUACAAGCUCAUAUAUCGACUCUAGAGCUUUCGCCUCCGAUGCAACCUAUGCAAACGCCCCAGCUAACUCCUUCUCCUCUAUCAUUGUCGGACCUCCCUUCGAGUUCGUUUCCAGCCAUGUAUGAUUUGUCAUCGCUAUUCGAUAUUCCUAUAUUGUCUCAACAAUCUAAUUUGUGGGGGAUGAAUCAGCACCAAAUGGGACAUAGAGCUCCGGUUAAUGUUGUGUCUUCGUCUGGCGGCGUUGGAGGUGGAAGCGGUGGUGGUGGUGGCGGUGGUGGUGCUGGUGGUGGCAGCGGUGGUGGUGGAGGUGAAGAUCUUCAAGCAUUGGCUAGGGAGUUACUUCAGAGACAUGGGUGUCAAGUUGCGACAUCAGGAACAAAAAUUGUGCAAACAAUGCCACCUCAUUCUAAAUGAA